AUGGCCGAAAUUUUGCUCUCUGCAACCCUUCCUGUGUUGUUUGAAAAGCUUGCGUCCUCUGACUUGUACAACUUCGCAUUUGACGAAGGGGUACGUUCAAAGCUGAAAAAGUGGGAAAGGAAAUUGGAGAAGAUUGAGGCUGUGCUCACCUCUGCGGAAGAGAAGCAACUCACCAACAGAGCUGUGAAACUGUGGCUGGAAGAUCUUCAACAACUGGCUUAUGAUGUGGAGGACAUUCUGGAAGAGUUUGCCUAUGAAGCUUCACGGCACAGUUCUGCCCCUUCUUGUUUCAAGAAUUUCACUCCGCAUGCCAUUAAGUUCGAUGUUAGCAUGCGAUCCAGGAUCGAAGAUAUCAGUAGCCGGUUCGAAGAGCUGUGUAAAGAAAGAGCUGAACUUGGAUUAAUGCACGAGACUUCUGGGGGGACACCAAUCACUUCUUCACAGCAAAGAAUUGCUAGUUCAAGCGUGCCCACAGAACCAGCUGUUUGCGGGAGAGAUGCAGAUAAAAGAAAAAUACUUGAAAUGGUGUUAAGUGAUGAAGCAAGUAAUGACAACCUUUUUGUGAUAGGCAUUCUUGGCAUGGGAGGUAUUGGAAAAACAACUCUUGCUCGUGAGGUGUAUAAUGACAAAGCGUUGGACAACAAAUUCAUGACAAAGACUUGGGUUUCUGUGUCUGACGAUUUUGAUGUUCUGAGAGUAUCAAAAACAAUUCUCAGUUCAAUUAAUGAAUUAGAUGAAAUGCCAGGUCAAUCAAAAAAAUCAGAUAAGGCGAAGGUUCAAUCAGGAAACGAAGGAGUUGAUGAUCAAUCAAAGAAAAAAGAAGUUGAAGGUGGGUUAGAUAAAGUGCUGGAAGCCUUGAAAUCUCCAUUAUGUGAUGCUGCAUUUGGAAGUAAAAUAAUUGUGACUACGCGAAAUAAAGAAGUUGUCACAUCAAGCACGCGAUCCUUCCAAAUUUAUAAAUUACAACAAUUACCCGAUGACGAUUGUUUGAAAUUGUUUAAGAGCAUUGCAUUUGGAGAUAGAGAUCCUAAUGCUUAUGGAAAUAUUUGUGAUAAAGUUGUUGAAAAGUGUAAAGGCCUACCCUUGGCAGUAAAGACUCUAGCUGGUGUUCUACGCUCUAAACAGAUUGAUUUGUGGGAAAACAUAUUAACCAGCAGGAUGUGGGAUUCACCUGAUGCAGGUGGCAUUCUUCCGGUGUUAAGGUUAAGUUACUUCCACCUUCCUCCACAUCUAAAAAGGUGUUUUGCUUACUGUGCAAUUUUCCCUAAAGAUUAUGAAUUCGAUAAGAAGGAACUUGGCCUUUUGUGGAUGGCAGAAGGUAUUAUUCAACAAUCAAAUGAGCAACUGGAUGUUGCAGUUUAA